AUGAUCACAGCCGCAGAGUAUGGAGAAACGUCAUGGGAGCUGUCUGUGCAGGUGGAUCAAAAAGCUGGAGACGAGUCCAUGAAAUUUAAGCUACGGGUGAAGGGCGACUUGCAUAUUGGAGGCCUUAUGCUGAAGCUGGUGGAGAAGAUCAAGGCUCCUCAGGACUGGUCAGAUCAUGCCCUGUGGUGGGAGCAGAGAAAAUGCUGGCUGCUCAAAACCCACUGGACCUUGGACAAGUAUGGGAUUCAGGCUGAUGCUGACCUGAGAUAUACACCCCAGCACAAACCCCUGUUACUGCAGCUCCCCAACAUGAAGACAGUCAAAAUGACCGUCAGCUUCUCCAGCGUGGUCUUCAAGGCGGUGGCAGAGAUCUGUCGAGUACUCAACAUCAGACGAUCAGAGGAACUGUCCCUGUUGAAGCCUCCAGAUGAUCCAUCCAAAAAGAAGAAGAAGAAAGACAAGAACUCAGGACACGAUGAUAUCUGGGACAUUGAUCUACUUAGCGGGGGACCAGCAGGCACAGGCCCAAUGUACAGUAAGACCAUGACAGCAACCUAUGACCCAGAGAACGGGAUGCCAGUGUCCGCCACAAGCCUUUGGUUUGGAGAAAACCCGCUCGCUGAGUCCCAGCCAAACUUACCCCCUGCUGAGCUGGCCAAGUUGUACCAGCCGCUGUCGCUAGUGGAUAAAGCAGUCAACAUGGCAGGGUGGUUGGAUUCCUCUCGUUCUCUGAUGGAGCAAGACAUUCAAGAUGAAGAAAAGCUGUUGCUUCGCUUCAAGUACAAUGUCUUCUUUGACCUCAACCCAAAAUAUGACGCUGUCAGAAUAACACAGCUGUAUGAACAAGCACGCUGGUCCAUCCUGCUGGAGGAGAUAGACUGCACAGAGGAGGAAAUGCUGAUGUUUGCUUCAUUACAGUAUCACAUUUGUAAACUGACCAUCUCAAGUGAACCCUUGGACCACUCCAAUGAGCCAGAAAUAGAUGAAGUGGAGGCCGCCCUGUCCAACCUGGAGGUGACUCUUGAAGGUGGACUCACGGACAGAAUUCUGGAAGACAUUACAGACAUUCCAGAGCUGGCAGACUCCCUCCGCCUGUUUAGGCCCAAAAGACUAACGCUGCGGCCAUACAAAGAGUACUGGUUUGUAUUCAAGGACACAACCAUCUCUUACUACAAAAACAAAGAAACCUCGAAUGGAGAACCCAUAGAGCAGUUUCACCUCCGAGGUUGUGAGGUGGUCCCUGAUGUCAACGUGACAGACAAGAAGUUCGGUAUCAAGCUCCUGCUCCCUGUUGCUGACGGGAUGAAUGAGGUGUACAUCCGAUGUGACAAUGAAACACAAUACGCCAAAUGGAAAGCUGCGUGUAUCCUGGCCUCUAAGGGCAAGACAAUGGCCUACAGCUCCUAUAAGUCAGAGGUGAAGAACAUUCAGUCAUUUUUGCAAAUGAAGAGCCUGGCGCCCCCUCCUGGUCAGGCAGCUCCUGACAUUGAUGCUAUGGAGAUGAACGCUGAAUGUUUUGUUUCUCCACGCUACGCCAAGAAGCACAAGACCAAACAGCUAACAGCACGUAUCCUGGAGGCCCAUCAGAACAUUACACGGCUGUCACUGGUGGAGGCCAAGAUGCGUUUUAUCCAGGCCUGGCAGUCACUUCCAGAGUUUGGUAUCAACUACUACAUUGUCAGGUUCAGAGGCAGUAAGAAGGACGAGAUUCUGGGGAUCUCAUACAACCGUAUGAUCCGUAUUGACAUGUCCUCUUGUCUGCCUAUCACCACAUGGAGGUUUGCCAACAUGAAGCAGUGGAACGUAAACUGGGAAAUUAGACAGGUGACCAUAGAGUUUGACCAGAAUGUGUCUAUAGCCUUCUGCUGUCAGAGCUGCGACUGCAAAGUGGUGCAUGAGUUCAUUGGCGGUUACAUCUUCCUCUCCACAAGAUCGAAAGACCAGAACGAGACACUAGACGAGGACUUGUUCCAUAAACUCACUGGAGGCCAAGAGUGAACAAAGCUACGAGCCUUUUAAAUCUUUCCCAUAGUACAUCUGCAAUCGUGUUACAAUGUGAAAGCACAGGAAUCGUCUACUAUAACAGUGGCCACCCUGAAUACUGAGCGUAUUACUGCAAUGACAAAUGUAAACUGUAUCACAGUCAGAUAAAUUCUACUUUUCCACAUGUCCUGCCAUAAACAGUGCACUAGAAAAACAAUGGUGUUGAUGUAAAUAUGUAGUCAAGAUUUCUCUCAAAACUUGGAUGAAUGGAUAUUUGUAAGAUUUUUUUUAGGUACAACAGAAGAAAAGCAAUUGUAAAGAACAUUAAAGGGUGUUUUUUUUAUCUCA